AAACUGGAGUAUAAAGCGCAGCCUCCCUCGUGUGCGCUGUAAGCUCGGACUCGGAGCUAAAGCUAAAAACAGUUUGUCAAAAUGUCCAAAAGCCAAACACUGAGAGCUUUGGUGACUGAGCGGUUGACUGCGGCUGCUGAAGAGAUCUUUGCGCUGUUUGAAAGAACGAUAGCGGAGUAUGAAGAGGAAGUGUGUCGCUCCAAAGAGGAGAACCAGAGGAAACAGGAGCUCCUGGACUCGGUGCUGAGCCUGUCGAGGAGUCCUGGUCCCGGUCUGAACCAGGACCCUCCACAGACUCCACGGAUUAAAGAGGAGCCAGAUGAGCCGAGCGUCAAACAGGAGGAACACACGCUUCUUGUACAGGUCCCUGUGGGUGUCCCAGACUCCAGUGCUGUUUGUGUGAAGACAGAAGAGUCCUCACUGCUUCAACAAAGACAAACUGAGCUCAGAGAAGAAACACAGGGAGAGGACAUCAGCACAGAGACACAUUUUCACUCCUCUGACACUGACAAUGAUAAAGACUGGAAAGCUCGGUUCAGCUGUUCAGCUGCACAGAUGGAGACAGACACUGAUGGAGACCACGACAACCAAGUCCAGAUCAGAGCUAGAAGCUCCGCUGCACAAAACUCAGGUCUAUACCCCAAGUACAAGUCUGCACCAGAGACCAGUGCCACUGUGAACAAUGGAGACAUGUCAGGAACAGCAGAAGGAGCUGACGAGAAGAAAUAUGAAUGCCCUAUGUGUCAAAAGAGGUUUGGGACUAUGCAGAAAUUACAAAGACACAUUAGAGUUCACACAGGAGAGAAACCUUUCAGCUGUUUAAUAUGUAAAAAAACAUUUUCUCAAAAGUAUAAUCUUGAUGUGCAUAUCAGAUUACACACAGGUGAAAGACCUUACAGCUGUUCAAUAUGUAAGCAAACCUUUGCUCAGAAGAAUACACUGAAUAUACAUAGACAAAAACACACCGGGGAAAAACCUUACAGCUGUUCAAUAUGUGAGAAGUCAUUUUCUCAAAAGUGUAAUUUAGACGCACAUGUGAGAACUCACACAGGGCAAAGACCUUACAGCUGUUCAAUGUGUGAGAAGACCUUUUCUGAAAAGAAUAAUCUAAGUAAACAUGUGAGAACGCACACAGGUGAAAGACCUUUCAGCUGUUGCAUCUGUUAUGAAGGGUUUGUGCAAAAGAGUCACUUGAAAAGACACAUGACAACUCACAGAACAGAGUGUGACUGAAAUGUAUUUAAAAAAGAUUAUUGUUUGUGUUCAUGAGAUGUUUUAAAGAGCCCAGAGUUGUGUGUUGGAGUCUGCUGCUGACGAAUCAAAUACAGAAGUUUGGAGCUGCCAUCUGUGGUUAAAGCUUAUCUACCUGAUUUUUAACAAGAAUCAUAAAGAUUCUGCCUGCUAUACUCGACCUCUCUUUAACUUAUAUAUUUCAUACCACUUUUGAAACCAUUUUAAAACCAAAAGUUUGAAUGCUAAUUUAUUUGUCAGUAGAGUUAAAUUUGCAUUUAGUUAUUUUCAAGUAUGUAUGCAUGGAUUCACUUGUGUUCCCCGUAUGAUAUGAGUUGAACUGAAUGAAACAUGUAUUUGUGACAGUUUUGUCAGAUGAUAUAAAAUGUAAUUGUAUCACAGUGGAGACUUGCUGUUUGCCCCAGAAUGUCUUAAAGUUAUUUGGAUUGGGAUGUAAAAAUAGUAUCCUCUGGGGAUGGGACAAGAUCUCAUACCACAAGAUCUGGUGAGACAAAAUUGCCACAAGAUGGAAAAAAAUUAUCUUGAGAGAUUUUUUUUUUCUCCCUGAUUUUACCUUUGGCUUGGACUAAAAAAGAAUUAAGAGCUGGGGAGUUGUACAAUUUGAGAAGCUGUAGUUCCAAAAAGCAGUAGUAAAAUGACUGCUAAAGUAUUACAUAAAAUAAAAAUUGUGAAAUCAAUUGCACUACUUAUACAAAUUAUGUCAAAACUUCAUUCUCGUAAACCUAAUCUCGGGGUUUGUCUCGUCUUGUGAAAAUUGCGUCUUGUCCCAUCCCCUAGUAUCCUCUAUAGUUUUAUAUGGACAACAUCUUUCAUAUUAAAACUGUAGAAAAAGGCUUAUGUGUACACAACAGAAAUAUUUAUACGCAUAGAGAUUUAGUUUUCAUCCUGUUUUGAAUCUAAAUUUUGUCACAGUAAAAAAGAAAAAAUACAGCUUUGUCAACGCAGUGGUAUAAAGAUUUAAGUUUACAUAUACAUGUUUUUUUUGUUUUUUUUUCUGGUAUUAAUAUAAAAUAAAUCACAGUCACAUUA